GAUUUCUGACGGCUAAUUGAGGUUAAUUGAGAACAGUUAGACACGAUCCAGGCCCAUCGCUAGCCAAUCGUGAAGGUCCCAAAGCAAUAAAAUAGAAUUAAUUGGGUCGUGAACAUAUUUGCGAUGAGAGCUCCUUGAUGAUCGACGACUCAUGGUUAAAGCACCGUUUACGACACUCGUGUAAGAUUUACGGCUGUUAGUUCUGGCUAGAAAAGUAAACAAGCCCAACCCUCUCCGCCGCUUUGCAAGUUUGUAAAGUUUGUAGACACCAAAGAGCUACAAAAUACAAUGACAAUGCUGCUUCAACGUCGAGCUCUUAUGUCAGUUGGCCUCCGCUUGUUUUCCAGUCAUGCGACCAGCGGACCUUUGGCGGACAGCGCAUGCUCCAGCUCAGACAUGUCGGAAUUCCGAAAGGUCUUUUCCAAAGCCCAGCACAUUGCAAUCAUCACUGGGGCUGGAGUGAGCGCCGAGAGCGGAGUCCCGACAUUCCGGGGUGAACAUGAGAAAUGGAGGAAAUGGCAGUCCCAAGACCUGGCUUCCCCAGAGGCUUUCUCCCGCUACCCGUCACGUGUGUGGGAGUUCUACCAUCACCGGCGAGAGGUGGCGUUGAGCAAGAAGCCCAACGCGGCGCACUUGGCCAUCGCGGAGUGUGAGGCCCGGCUGAAAAAGCAAGGCCGUGAAGUGGUGGUCAUUACACAAUGCAUUGAUGACCUGCACCAGCAGGCCGGCUCCAAACAUGUGCUGAGGAUUCACGGCAGCCUGACGGAGACACGUUGUUUGAGUUGUGGCGAUGUGGAGGUCAACAGGCGCAGCCCCAUAUGUGCUGCUCUCAAGAACAAGGGCUCACCGGACCCGAAUGUGGCCGAUGCAAACAUUCCAGUGGAUAAACUGCCAAGGUGUUCGGAAAGCGAUUGCAAGGGUCUGCUGAGGCCGAACGUCGUGUUUUUUGGGGAGACGCUGGACUCUCACCUCCUGACCAAAGUGGAAAAAGAACUAGAAAUCUGUGAUCUCUGUCUGGUGGUGGGUACGUCGUCUAUCGUCUACCCGGCAGCCAUGUUCGGCCCCCAGGUGGCAUCCAGGGGCGUCCCGGUGGCAGAAUUUAACCUACGAACAACACCAAAGUCCGAGUACUUCACGUACCACUUCCAGGGUCCGUGUGGAACGACGCUGCCCGCAGCCUUGGCUCCACACAACUCGGAGGUGGUCUAAAGACAAAAGAGGAUUGUCGCCGUUGUUUUCUAUUCCAAGUGUUUGCCAUAUAAGCAGUUCUAAUGGCUUGGGUGCUUAGAAUGUAGCUCUGCAGAUCUGUCAAUACUUGAAUAUAGUGCUCAGUCCAUGGAAAUGGGCUAUUUUCUAACUAUGCAGAUUGAUCGAUGAUUAAGGGGGAGGGAGUGUUACACAUGCAGUUGUUUGCGUAUACAGCCAUUUCUUACUCUGUUUACAAUAUUACUAGACAGUGGAACUACCAGUUUGCUCCCACUGGACAUAACGUGGAAUGACUUCAUAGAUUUUAGACUCAAAACUGUCGCCAUCAUGAAGCAUUCUGUCGAGGCGUUGUUUUGAGUAACCUUCCCAACCAUCAUUCAUGUUAAGUCCGGGAAAAUGAAAAUCAAAUAAUGGACACAAAAUGGAUAAGAAGGUGUUUGCAAAGUGUCGUCGUCCCUCGGCGGUAUUCCUGCUUUAAUUAUUUUUUUGGGGGGGUGGGCGGCACUGGGCUUUGGAGGUUCUGCUGUAUACGUUGGCCGUUUUAUAUUCUGAUAGGAGGCGCAGAGUAGAAUGUCAUGAGGAGUCAUCAGUGUGAGAGGAGAACAUUUCUUGCCUCGACCAAAUGUGUGCUUUAAACUUUACAGGGCAAUAGUAGCUCACGUUACAGGCGUUUAUUCUCAGGCUCAUUGUCAUCAAUGUGCUGACACAUUAUUUGUGUUACAUUUACUUUAUUCUUACAAGCAGGGUAGAUGGCAGCAAAAUGAUUGCUUUAGGUUUCUCUUAAAUGAUCAUGCACACUUCCUUACCAGAUUACAUUUAAUGCAAUUAUUCCGAAACUGAUUAAAACAUUUAAUAUGCA